GAUCGUGUGCUUUUAACAGUGAAUUUGAAGGCCUAGCGUAGUUUGGAUAUUUGAAAGGAGUUUUAUUUUGUGGUUUAUCGUUCUGUCAGUUAUUUUAUGUAAGGGGUGAGCACUGAGCGUCGUAUUAGCAACUUUAGAACAAUGAGAACCAGUUUCAUCCAAAGAUAAAACACCUGGUCAGGAUUACAAGACAGAAACACCGCAGCUCUCAGCCAUGUCGAUCACCGUGCUUUUAAAGAAGAUAUUCAAUCUCCCCGGGAAAUAUGACAGGAAAGUGCAAUUGUCCUUUAGAGGUUUUACUCACAAAACCAAGAUUCUUCAGUGUGAGAAUAUAGCAAUCUUCAAUGAGCAUUUCAGAUGGCCUCACUAUGGGAAGGUGGAGAGGGAUGAAGUUCUGUCCAUCAGUGUCUUUAACUGCAGUAAGAUGUUCAGCAACAGACUGCUGGGGAAGCUGGUGAUCAGCCUGCAGCAUGUGGUUUCUGUGGGUCAGCUGAUCCUCCGAGAGCCUCUAACAGAUUCUCAGCACAGUCUGACUGAUAUGUACAUUGAGCUGGAGGUGAAGUACAGUCCUCUUCAGGGGGCAGCAGGCGGCUGGGACAGUCAAGACUUUAUCAGAGAAGAGGACAGCGAUGGCUCUGAGCUUGUCAUCAGAAACACCGGCUUCACAGAACCGAGUUCCUCAGAUGGCCUGCGUCCUCAGCAGCUGGAUCGUGAAACCAGGAUGAUCGGUCGUGGACUUUUGAAAACCGAGGAUGAGAACGGAGAUGAAGACGACGAUAAUGACUAUGAUGAUGAUUAUGACUUUGCAGAUAUGGAAUGUGCCAAUGUGACAUUCACUCCCAUUUUGAGUCGUUGCAGGGCUAUAGCAAAACACGAGCUUGCCAUCACACCUAAAGUGAAGUCUUUCCAGGUGAAUGUAAAUGUGAUUGAAGCUCAGAAACUGGUUGGGGUGAACAUCAACCCAGCAGUGUACGUGACUGUUGGAGACGAGAAAAAGCACACAGCUACUCAGAAAUCUACCAACUGUCCAUUUUACAAUGAGAAUUUCAUGUUUGAAUUCCAAGAAACACAGGAUGUCCUCUUUGAUAAAGUGAUUGAGAUUUCUGUGGUUCACAAGAAAGUCCUUGCCUUUUUGAUGACCCACAUAGGAUCCUUUAAGAUUGACAUCAGCACAGUAUAUCAGCAGCCAGAUCACCGUUUCUACCAGAAAUGGGCUCCACUCACUGACCCAAAAGAUACCCGCUCAGGUAUUAAAGGUUAUGUGAAGUGCACAGUGAGUGUGGUGAUGAAAGGAGACCCCAUGGGCAUGGCCAGCCUGGCACCAGCUGGCAGCCAGAACGAUGACAUUGAAAAAAACCUUCUCCUUCCGAAGAGGAUGCCAUCAGAACGGCCCUGGGCAAAGUUUAUCCUGAAGAUCUACAGAGCUGAAGGUUUGCCCAGCAUGAACUCUGGUUUUAUGGGGAAGAUAAUGAGAGACAAGAAGGUCUUCCUUGAUCCUUAUGUUCAAGUCACAUUUGCUGGCCAGCAGGGGGAAACGUCAGUCGACGGCAACACCAAUGCUCCAGAGUGGAAUGAACAGAUUUCCUUUAUUGAACAGUUUCCUCCUCUUGCUCGACGAAUCAAAAUCCAGAUCCUUGAUGAUGCCAACAUUGGAGAUGUGGCUGUGGCAACACACUUCCUGGAUCUUCUUCAGAUCUCCAAUCCCAACAGAAAUGGAUUCAAUCCCACCUUUGGCCCUGCUUGGGUCAAUCUCUACGGCUCCCCCCAGAACUCCACUCUGAGAGACAUCCACCGAGACCUUAAUGAAGGUCUGAGUGACGGUAUCUUCUACAGAGGCAGAAUACUGCUGUCGCUCAGCGUGGAGGUUUAUUCCUCACCUACGGCUGUGGUGACGGAGAGCAAGGCCAUCGCUAAUGUCAAGAGCACAAUCAGCAGGCUUAAUCUGAAACGCAGGAGCCGGAAGUCCAAAGAGAAAAAAACUGCAGGCAAAGAAGUGCAGAGUCCCAGCGGGCCUGCAGAGGAAUCUGAAGAUGUCGGUGCUGAAGUACCAGCUGCCGUGACUGUGGAAGUUGAAGAAGUUCAUCCUCUUCCUGAGAAUUUCACUGGAGAGAAGGAUGAAUUUUUGUUGUUUGCCUCCUUCUUUGAAGUGACUAUGAUAGAUCCUUCUAUUGGCUCCAAACCUGUCACCUUUGAGCUCUCUAUAGGGAACUAUGGUAAAACAGCAGAGGUGGUAGUGAAGUCCAGCAAAAGCGGCAGUCAGGAGAAUCUGGCUGAGGACAGACUACCACUGCUGGAGUCAGACGACGAGCUGGAGAGAGAUGAACUUGUGAACCCUCGAGACCAGUCCAUCACAGCACCCAGAAGACCUCAACCCACUGAAUAUGACAGAUCUUUUAGUUGCAUUCCCCUUUUCCGAGAGAAACCGUGCAUCUUUGUGUGGAGUUACUUUGAGGAUCACACUUUCAGAUUCUACAACAGCAACUGGUUGUCCAAGAUGGCCGACCGACUGGAGUGUGGCAUUGAUGAAGUGGAGAUGCUGUUGAAAAGAUCGAAAAUAAAGGCUAAAGAGCGUUUGGUGGAUGUUGUUCUGGAGUUCUUUUCCUCUUGCAAGCAGUACAGCAGCAACUUAGAAAGGAAGAGGAAUCCACGCCAAAACAACCUGGAUAAAUGCCGUGUGGGGCUCAUCAAGAGGAACAUUGUUUUGCUGGCCAAGCAGACCCUAAGAGUGAGAAAGCGAGUCACCAGAAACACUGUUAAAGACAGACUAGCAGAUCUUAGGAAUAUCACCAAGAGACUCCGCUUUCUGGCUAUAGAGCCUCAGAGCACUCUGCCUGAUGUGUUUCUGUGGAUGUUGAGUGGAGGGAGACGUGUGGCCUACGCCAGGAUCCCUGCACCCUCUGUCCUCUUCUCACUGGUGGAGGAGGAGAAAGGAAAAGACUGCGGAAAAAUCACUGCUGUGUAUUUGAAGACCCCUGGAGGGCCAGUGGGGGAAAUCUUCGCCAAACUGGAAGUCUAUAUGUGGCUCGGUAUCACAAAGUACGCCAAAAACUGUGUCACCAGCCUUCCAGCAGAGUUUAGACCCAUUUACGAAGAUGCGACAUCUGGUGCAUCGAUUCCCCGUAACAUGCCUCCCACCAAAUUAGCAGUGGAAGACAGUCGUUACUUCCAGUUACGUGCUCACAUUUAUCAGGCGCGGGGCAUCAUUGCAGCUGAUGACAAUGGACUGUCAGACCCCUUCGCCAAGGUUGUGUUUAGCACUCAGUGUCAAGUCACACGGGUGAUGGAGGAAACUCUGUCCCCGACGUGGUGUGAGUUACUCUUCUAUGAUCAGGUUCUGAUGGAGGGCAGUAAGGACGAAUACAGAGAAGACCCUCCAGUGGUCAUCAUCAACAUAUAUGACUACAACAAACUAGGAAGUCCACAAGCCCUUGGUCGUGCAUUUGCCAAGCCAGAGCUGAAGUUUGUGGAGGAGCCGUAUAAAAAACCCCAGCUGCAGUUUUUUGAGAUCACAAAAGGCAAAAGCAAAGCUGGUGAAAUUCUGGCCGCUCUGGAGCUUAUCGAGCUGGAUUACUCAAGCUUUGGAGAGCCAGCUCUGCCAGUGGAUGUUGACCCCAAGGAACCACAAUACAUUGAAGAAGAAUGCUAUUUUAUAAUUCCUGAGGGAGUGCGACCCGUGCUGAGGAAAUACAGAAUUGAGGUGCUGUACUGGGGCCUGAGGGGCCUGAAAAGGGUCAACCUGUUUGAAGUGGAGCGUCCUCAAGUGAGGAUGGAGUGUGCGGGACAGAUGAUCGAGUCGGAGGAAAUUCAGAGUUACAAGCUGAACCCAAACUUCAGUGAUGUGGUUAAACACUUUGAUGUUGAGCUGCCAGAGCUUGUGUACCUGCAUCCUCCUCUCACCAUCUUCGUAAUGGAGCAGAGGGCCUUCGGGAGGCUGGUGCUGGUGGGAACUCAUGUGGUUCAAAACCUUGUGCAGUUUGGGCCUAGAGACCAGGAGGAGUGGAAAGACGAGGAGGAGGAGCCUGAGGAGAAAAAGCCCCCCAAGAAGUCCACUCCAUUAACAACUGUGAUCAACAUGGAUUUGGGAGGCCUUCCUCUGAAGCACACCAAAAUUCCCAUCAACCCUCUUAACUUAGUCACGUCUCCAAUCAAGAAGGUGAUCAAAAAGGAGGAGGAGUUAGAGGAGGAGCCACCUGAAAAGGAGGAGCUUGAUUGGUGGUCUAAAUAUUAUGCGUCUUUGGCUGAACUGGAAAAGCAGGAAGAGAAAGAGGAUGACUUGGAAGAUGGACAGGAUGGAGAUGGGGCUCCGCUGACCAUGUCUGCACUGGAGGCAGAGGAUGAUGAAGGUGUGACUGAAGUAGAUUCUCCUGCUCCAAAAAGGAAGAACAUUUGCACCUUACAGCUUUACAAGUUUGAACUGGAAAACGACUUCAGUCAGUUCAUGGACUGGUUGCACAUAUUUCCUAUCUACAAAGGCAAAUCUAGUCUGGAAGAUGAAGAGGAAGAUGAAAGUUCGAGAUAUAUGGGUAAAUAUAAGGGAUCGUUUCUGAUAUAUCCCAUUGCUCCUGAAGACGAGGACGCAGACUGUCAGAUCACUAACGGGAUUCCCAAAAAUGCACCUAUCAAAGUCCUUGUGAGGGUGUACGUUGUAAAAGCAACCAAUCUGGCUCCCACAGACCCAAAUGGAAAGGCAGACCCCUAUGUGGUGGUGAAAGUUGGUCAGCAGCAAAUGGACAGCAAAGAGCGCUACAUCCCUAAACAGCUGAACCCAGUGUUCGGAGAAGUGUUCGAGCUGACUGUGUCCUUCCCUCUGGAGACAGAGCUCACGCUGUAUGUGUUUGACCAUGACCUCGUGGGCUCUGAUGACCUGAUUGGCAAAACUCGCGUGGACCUGGAGAACCGUUUCUUCAGCCGCCACCGUGCCGGGUGUGGCCUGGCCCUUCAUUAUGAUAAGGAUGGCUAUAAUAAAUGGAGAGAUGCCAAGAAGCCCACUGCGAUAUUAUUGGAGCUCUGUCGCAAAAAUGGGAUUCCUUCUCCGGAGUACCGAGAGUCUGAAGUUAAAGUGCUCAACAAGAUCUUCAGAGUUCCAAACGAGGCUUUUCCAGAGGAGUUGCUGAAGAAGAAUAAGAAGACAGAGGAGGACUACGCAGAGCUGGAUGAGCACAAAGCUCUGAGUGUCCUUCAGCGCUGGAAGGAGAUGAGAGAGUUCUGCGAAGGUGCCUGUCCUCUGGUUCCUGAGCAUGUGGAAGUUCGCUCACUGCUCAACGCGGAGAAGCCAGGCCUCCCUCAGGGUUAUGUGCACAUGUGGAUUGACAUGUUUCCUGUGGAUGUUCCUCCACCACCACCUGUUAAUAUCAAACCUAGACUUCCAGAGAGUUAUGAGCUACGUGUGAUCAUCUGGAAUACUGAUGAUGUCGUGCUGGAUGAUGUCAACCCUUUCACUGGAGAGCCUUCAAGUGACAUCUAUGUUAAAGGCUGGAUUAAAGGUCUGGAAGAUGAGAAACAGGAGACGGAUGUGCAUUUCAAUUCCCUGACUGGUGAAGGCAACUUUAACUGGCGCUUUGUCUUCCAUUUUGACUAUCUUCCCACGGAGAAGGAGGUCAUUUACAAGAAGAAGGAGUCUCUGUUCGCCCUUGAGGAGACUGAGUUUCGCCAGCCGGCUGUUCUGGUGCUGCAGGUCUGGGAUUAUGACCGCAUCGGCUCCAAUGACUUUUUGGGAUCCAUAGAGUUGCGUCUUAGUGAUAUGGUCCGUGCGGUGAAAACUUCAGAGCAAUGCAGUGUCAAAAUGGCCAAAGACAAGGCUGGCCCUCGCUUCUCCAUCUUUCGCAGCAAGAGGAUGAAGGGCUGGUGGCCACUCAUCAAACUGAAGAGCCAAGAGGACAUCGAGAGAGAGGAGAGGGAGGCUGAGCAAGAGAAGAAAAACAAGAAGAAGAAGAAAAAGAAGUCAAGCAAACGAAGCCAAAUGAAACCGGAAGAUCUACAGUUUGUGGACAACAGCGGGAACACCUUCCUCUUAAUGGGUAAAGUAGAGGCAGAGUUUCACCUUGUGACCCCUGAGGAAGCUGAAAAGAACCCUGUAGGAAAAGCACGCAAAGAACCUGAGCCUCUCGACAAACCAAACCGUCCCAAGACAUCCUUCAACUGGUUUGUGAACCCCAUGAAGACUUUUGUGUUCUUCAUCUGGAAGAAGUACAAGAAGUACAUCAUUGCUUUGAUCAUUCUGGUUAUCCUGGGGCUCUUCCUCGCCCUCAUCCUCUACACAAUGCCGACACACAUCAGCCAGCUUAUUGUUAAUGGAUGAGAAGGUGGAAACACACAGAAACACGGACAGACAUAAUGAUGCCUGCUUUAUGUGUACAUAGCAAUUAUAUACCUGUAAUGGAAAAGGCAUAACAAAUAGUAUAAGACUUAAAUUGUAGUUUAGUGCUUGAUUCAGUAUACAUUACCGUUCAGGUCAUUAAGAUCUUUUUAAAUCAAUCAUUUUGUUUGGAAAACAUGCAUUACACUGAUCAAAAAGGGCUUUUAAAUGUACUGUAAAGAGGUUUACAAGGAUACAGAAAUGAUACUGUUCCUGUGUUUUUUAAAAGAAUCCUAAACAUAAUUAUAUUGAAUUAAUAUCAAUCAUAAUAGUAUAAAUAAUAAUGCUAAUAAUAAUUAUAAUAUCGAUAGGUUAUUGACCACCAACUUAGCAUAUUAAAAUGGUAAGAAGUAAUGAAAAUUCAGCUUUGAAUCAUUGGUUCACAAAGAAAACAGUUUUAAAUGUAAAUAAUAUUUCAUAAUAUUAUUGUUUUAUUUGUGUUUUCAUUUCAAUAAAUGCAGCCUUAGCAGAAGAGACUUUCAGAAAAACAUUAAAUUCACCCCAACUUUGAACAAAAUUGAAAUUUCAAUUGACACUUCUGUUUUAUAUGUAUAAAUUGUAAUAUUUUAGUAUGUUUUGGAACUGUUUUGACAAUAAACUGAUUGUAUGAUUAUUAACUAUUAUGAACUUAUUACAUUUACCACUAUUAUUAUUAUUAUUAUUAUUAUUAUUAUUAAUAUUAAUAUUAUUAACAAAGCAUACAGGCUGAAAUAACACUCACCGGUCACUUUAUUAGGUACACAAACUGCUCAUUAACGCAAUUUUCUAAUCAGCCAAUCACAUGGCAGCAACUCAGUGCAUUUAGGCAUGUAGACAUGGUCAAAACGAUCUGCUGCAGUUUAAACUGAGCAUCAGAAUGGUGAAGAAAGGUGAUUUAAGUGACUUUAAACGUGGCAUGUUUGUUGCCAGACUGGCUGGUCUAAGUAUUUAAGAAACUGCUGAUCUACUGGGAUUUUCAAGCACAACCAUUUGUAGGGUUUACAGAGAAUGGUCAGAAAAAGAGAAAAUAUCCAGUGAGGGGCAGUUCUGUGGGCACAAAUGCCUUGUUGAUGCCAGAGGUCAGAGGAGAAUGGCCAAACUGGUUCAAUCUAAUAGAAAGACAACAGUAAACACAUUAAUCCUUGAAGCGGAUGGGAUACAGCAGCAGAAGACCACACCGGGUGCUACUCCUGUCAGCUAAAAACAGGAAACUGAGGCUACAGUUCGCACAGGCUCACCAAAAUUGGACAACAGAAAAUUGGAAAAACGUUGUCUAGUCUGAUGAGUCUCGAUUACUGCAGUGACAUUCGGAUGGUAGGGUCAGAAUUUGGUGUCAACAACAUGAAAGCUUUGCAUCCUGGAUGUGCAGCAGUCAAAUCUGCAGCAACUGCGUGAUGCUAUCAUGUGAAUAUCGACCAAAAUCUCUGAGGAUUAUUUCCAGUACCUUGUUGAAUCUAUGCCACGAAGGAUUAAGGCAGUUCUGAAAGCAAAAGCGGGUUCAACCUGGUGCUAGUAAUGUGUACCUAAUAAAGUGGCCGGUGAGUGUAUAUAAAUUCAACUACCCCCACCCCUCUCCUCUGCGCUCUCUUUAAACUGGGGUAUCCAAUGAAUAAAAGUUAACAGAAAAACAAAAGUACAACAUCAAGAAUGAGAGAUCAAUAGAAUACAAUAUAGAAAGUCCUGUAAUAUAGAGAGUCCUGAUCAUUGCUUUGUGCACUAAACAUGGAGAUUUUGUCAGCAGCUGACAAAUCAAGAUCUUUAAUGUACGCAUUUGUACCAAGUUCACUGGAGCUGUGGAUAAUUCCAACAUUAUAAUGUCCUGAAGUUGUACCAACCAUUUGUACAUGUCCAAGUUAUGUGGAGGAAAGCCAGCCAGACAAAUAGCUCUCUAUAGCUUGGUUUUAGCGCAGAAUCAUCACUCAGUAAAAAUAUGGAAGGAUUCAUCGGUACAGGAUAAUCAAUAGGAUUAGGAUAGGAUAGGUUAACACACACCUCAUUCCAAACUUUUGGCACUGAUAUAUCUGAUAUAACCUUUUUCAUAUGUGCAAAGCCAUUGUGCUAUUUAAGAUUUAUGAUUCAUAUUCUACAUUCAUACAUCGCAAACAAUUAAAAAAAUAAAAAGAGAUCCAGCAAUAACCAGGAAGAUUUCUCCAGCAUCAUUAGAUCACACUGACCAGCCUGCUACAACCGUUCUGUUUGUCUCAUGCAUAGUAAUAAUAUAAAACACGAUACUAAGUGCCUUAAUGAUAGUAAAUUAUGUGUUUGACUAUCUUCACUCUAUAAAACAGCGCUCUGGCUUAAACUGCAGUACAUCUAAACCCACUCGUGUGAGAUAAUUGCCUGUGAUAUAGAGAAGUGUAAUUAUAUAGAAUGCAUCAUUGAAGCUUGACUGUCAUUUGGGAAUGAAACUAAAAACAGCUAAUGGACAUGCAAAUGAUCUCUUAUUAUUAAUCACCGUUUUCAUGGUUAUGCUCCAAAACUGAACUGAUGAAUCUAUGUACAUCUAUAGGCUGUAUACCUUAACAUUUGGACUAGAUGUAACGAUCAACUUUAAGAUAUUCUUGAAAAUACUGUAUCACGUGAAUGAAUAUGGAAAUGAUGUGAAUUUGAUGCCAUCAGCAUGAUGUGCCACAGGACUUUUUGUGAGGAGAUCCACUUGAUGUUCAUCUCAGUUGUAAUUGGACUGUCAGUUUCAUUUCAUCAGCUUUCGUCUGCUACUUUUAGGGGAAGUGAAUGAAUUUAUGGAAAUAUGUAAAUAAUCUGGCUGAGAUUAUAUACGCUUGAGAGAUUCAGUUACUUUGUUAGCUCUUUAUUCUUACUAGCCAAAGUGUUCAUGAAAUGCAGAGUUUUUGGAACUUUAGUCGGACAAAUCUCAAAUGUUGUGACUUUUUUGUAGAUGUCUGGUUUUCUGUAUGGUAACCCUCUGAUGUUGUUUAGUUAAUAGUCAUGUGUGUGUGUGUGUUUUAAUGAAGGUACUGUAUUUUGGGCUGCUCAGUGUUUAGCAUGGUGACCUCACAGCAAGAGAGUCUCUGGUUGGAGUCCGGACUGAGCCUAUUUAUAUAUAAAUUGAUAUAAUAUGCAAUAAAUAUUUACAAUAAAUAACAAA